UGUCCCUCAGACACAGCGGAUCACUGAUCAACGGAAAGAGCCGAAGACGUCGGCUCGGUCAUGUGAUCAACUGUGUCCAAUCACAGCUGAUCGCAUGGGACAUGUACACUGAUCAUCAGGGCACUGAUGAUCAGUGUGCCCUGAUGAUUAGUGUAGCCCCAACAGUGCCACCUGUUAGUGCGGAUCAAUGCCAGCUGUCAGUGCUCAUCAAUGCCACCUGCCAGUGCCCAUCAGUGCCACCUCAAUGCCACAUAUCAGUGCCUACCAGUGCAAAUCAAUGCCACAUAUCAGUGCCCAUCUGAGCUGCCUUUCAGUGCCACCUAUCAGUGCCAGUCAGUGCCACCUAUCAAUGCAGCGAAUCAGUGCCACCUAUCAGUGCAUGCCCAUCAGUGCCACCUAUCAGUGCCCAUCAAUGCAGCCUAUCAGUGCCCAUCACUGCAGCCUCAUUAGCACACAUCAGUUAAAGAGAAAAAUCACUUAUUUACAACAUUUUAUA